CGGGCGGCGCUUAGCGCCGGCGGCGCGGGCAGAGCGGGCGGCGGCGAUGCUCGGCUGCUGGGGAGCUGCGCUGGCGGCCGCCGUCUCCCUCCCCGUUCUCCUUCUCCUGGCAGCGCCCCGCAUCAGGAGGUAUGUCGCUGGAGGACGGUGCAGGUCGACGGCUCAGCUGGAGGGGAAGGUGGCGGUCAUCACAGGAGCCAACACAGGCAUCGGGAAGGAGACGGCCAGAGACCUCGCUCGGAGAGGUGCAAGGGUGAUUGUUGCCUGCAGGGACAUAGCAAAGGCAGAAGCUGCAGCCAGUGAAAUCCGAGCUGAGACAGGAAACCAGCAAGUCAUUGUGAAAAAACUGGACUUGGCUGAUACGAAGUCCAUCCGGGAGUUUGCUGAGAAGUUUCUAGCAGAGGAGAAGGAACUCCAUAUUCUCAUUAAUAACGCUGGAGUUAUGUUAUGCCCUUACUCCAAGACUGCUGAUGGCUUUGAGAUGCACCUGGGAGUCAACCAUCUUGGUCAUUUUCUCUUGACUUUCCUAUUGCUGGAGCGUCUGAAGCAGUCUGCCCCAGCCCGCAUAGUGAACGUGUCCUCACUGGCUCAUCACGGAGGCCGAAUCCGCUUCCAUGAUCUCCAUGGUGAGAAGAGCUACAAUCGUGGCCUCGCCUACUGCCACAGCAAAUUGGCCAACGUGCUCUUCACCCGGGAGCUGGCCAGGCGGCUGCAAGGCACUAAAGUCACAGCAAACGCUCUCCAUCCUGGUUCUGUCCAUUCUGAGCUGGUCCGGCACUCAUUUGUAAUGACGUGGCUGUGGAAGAUAUUCUCAUUCUUCUUGAAGACACCCUGGGAAGGAGCUCAGACCAGCAUCUACUGUGCAGUAGCAGAGGAGCUAGAAUCUGUGACAGGACAGUAUUUCAGUGAUUGCCAGCCAGCAUAUGUAUCUCCAUGGGGUCGGGAUGAUGAAACAGCAAAGAAGCUCUGGAGUGUGAGCUGUGAGCUCCUUGGCAUCCACUGGAACUGAGCAGUGCAGACCAAGUGUGUGCCUGGCUGAGCCCAGCGAUGCUUCUCCUGGGAAGACCACUGCUGAGAGACCUCAAGACUAGAACUCUGAUACUUCAGCUGCCCUAAUGAUGGUUCUGUGGACACAAUCUAUUGUGAAUUUCUGGAAUAUUACACUUAAGAAUUGAAAUUUUGAAGCAACCAGUCCCCCCUCCUAGCUGGAGAAUUAGAGCACUGAUGCAGGAAGCAACCUUUGCUUGGUAUGAACAGCCAGAGGCUAUUGCUGUCUGGCUUUAGAAUAGAAAUGGAGGUUGCAGUCUUAGGUUUAGGUUAUGAAGUAACAAAGAUUUUUUUUCUUAACAAUAAUAAAAAGGUAGGACUCUCAACUUACACUCUAUGAGCUUGGUUUCAGUUCCUACUAUUUGACCUGGCAGAGUGAAAGUUCUGUAGGAUAUUAGAUUUUCUUGCAAUUACAUGCAAUACAAAUGCUCUCAAGUACACAGAACCAGGAGCUGGCCUUUUUGUGCCAAGCAAUAGGUAAAGUGUUUAGGUGGAAUCAAUUAUUUUUCUCUACAUUCUCUGCAAGAAGCUGGACCCUAGCCACUGAAGUAUCUUGGUCCCAAAUGCCCAGUGAUUGCAGUAGGUUAACUGAGGGUUGGCAACUCUUGAGAACCCAGGUCUUAGCGCAGGUGACUGGGAGGUUAAAAGCUGCAGGAGUGCCACAACUGUGUGUAAGCAAGUUAUCUUAUUAAAAAAACAAAUUAACAUUUCUCCUGUAAAGCACUGAGCAAAGAUGGUGUAAAAGUGGUCAGAAUAAACCCACCAGCUGCACCUUAAAUGACUUUAGAACCUAGAAAAGGGAGCAGAAUAAGUAAAGAACAUCUCAACUAUGUUAAAAAGCAUUAAACAACUUCAGCUGAGACUUUAGCUUUAAAUGACAGCAAACUACCUAGAGCUAAAUAGCUGUAGCAGAGGUCAGGAAGGACUGUCUUGAUAUUAUGGUCAAGUUAGCUACAGGACAGGAAAGUAAGACUUGCACAGAAAUCUUUACGUUUGUCCACCCAGCAGUGGCUGGCCUUGCAGUACCAUGUGGCUUGCACUGCCGAAAGGCAGCUGGGUCAAUCCAUGCAGUAAGGGGAUGACUGCUCCUGUGGAACUCCAGGGCUACUCUGGGGCAAAGUGCUAGAGUAUGAUCCUUAAUCAGAUUAUUUCUGAAAGAGUUAAACGGUUAGAAAACAAGUGCUAUAGCUCAUAGGAUUAUCUUCUGCUUUUGUAAAAAAGAUCUGGAAGUUUUUAGACUUGCGUAUGAGCAUGCCACUGUGAUCAACUGCCAGUCCGGGGAAACAAGUGCUAAUUUUGUGAUUAUUUCUUUCUGCGGGGAUAUUAUCUAUGCAGAUCAGUCCUGUGCUACCUCUGAGCAAUACUAAAUAAAGCUGUUACCUUUUA